UAUCCUUGCCAAACAUACCCUAAUCAAAACCCUUUUCCCUUUCCCUCCCUGUGACGGAUUCAGUCUCGAAAACCUCUCUCACCCAAUUCAAAACCCCAAUCAAAGUCCCAGAUCCCCUCCAUUUGAAGUUACGGUAUCGCGGCAAAACGCUCUUUCUUUCUUUCUGGAUUUUGGAUUAGGGUUUGAGUUUGAGAUUCAGAUGUCAAGAUCAAUUCCAACAGAAGAUAGAAUUAGCUCACUGCCAGAUCCAAUUCUGCAUCACAUCCUUUCAUUUCUCCCAACCAAAUUUGCUGCAACCACAACCAUUCUCUCAAAGAGAUGGAAUCCACUAUGGCUCUCUAUUCCAACUCUCAACUUCGACGACACAUCAUUUGAAGACUACAUCUCCUUUCGCCAUUUUGUGUCUACUGUAUUUCUCUUACGAGACAUCACUUUACCCAUCCGAUCAUUCAACCUCAACUGUUUGCCCUCGAACCCAUAUGACAUUAAUCGAUUUGUUUAUGCCGCUGUACAACGAGGAGGAAUCGAGAAACUCGAUCUCGAAAUGUAUGGCGUAAAAGUCAAAUUACCUGAUAGCAUUUUCAGUUGUAAGACACUUGUCGUUCUUCAUUUGAGAGGGGUAAAACUGAAUGAUGUGAUCGUGGAUUUACCUCACCUCAAAACUCUCCAUUUGUCUCGUGUAUCUUUCCAAAGUGUUGAAUAUCUUACAAAGUUUCUAUCAAGAUGUCUCAUUCUAGAGGAAUUGCAUCUAAAAUAUUUACUAAUUGAUAGUGACGAACUUGUUUUAGAGGAAAACUUUCAAUACUUACCGAAUUUGAUCAGAGCAAACAUUACUAAUGGCUUGCGUCCGUUUCAAUACCUUAGAGUCGGUUUGGAUGUUCUUCUAUUUACUUUGUGUUGCAAGGCAGAGGUUCUCCAUGCACAACUGGACAUGAAAUACUUGAACACCAGAUACCACCAAUUUCCUAUGUGUCACAAUCUAAUCCACAUGGAGCUUAAUCUGGUUAUUAAUCAUACUGAGAAGUGGAAGCGGUUGCUGGAAGUGCUGAAUCAUUGUCCCAAAAUUCAAAAUCUUACCAUUCAUAAGUUUAGGAUUGGAUAUGAAAGUUUGGAUAAUUGGACGGAUCCAACAAUUGUUCCGGAAUGUCUCUCAACACAGCUCAGAACAUGCUUGCUUAAAGACUAUAGAAACACAGAAUGUGAGAUUCAAUUUGCAAAAUUUAUUUUGCAGAAUUCGAAAGUACUAAACACAAUGUCAAUUAAGAGUAACACUUCCCUAGAUCUAAAUGUCAAGCACCAAAUGAUAACAAAAUUAACUUCAUCCAGAAGGGCCUCAACAACAUGUGAACUCUUAUUUGAUUGAUGAUAGUUAGGGCAUAGCUGCAAUGGUUAUUAACGAUUCUGUCAUGAUGGCCUAGGGAAUGAUAAGAUUGUCUUGUCUUAAAUAAGGAGUUAAGUUUGAAACCAUUUCCUCCUGGAAUUGUUUCCAAAGUUAAUGUUCCUUCCUUUUGUGCUAAGGUUCCUGCUGGAAUUGAUUUAACUGAAAACUCCUCACCAAAUAGAAUGGUAAUUGUAAAUCACUAUGUGCACUAGCUUCCUCUGUAAUUUUCCUGCUUUGUAUCCUUAUGUUGCAGUUCAAUGAGAAAGAAAACGAGAUUGGUACCAUUACUUUGAUUUGCAUCAUCAUGUAUUAUACUAAAGAUAAAUUAUUUUGUCUUAACUACUAUGUUAUGAAAUAUACUAUUUUUCUUGCUAUAUUCCCCAGUUCAGUCAUAAUUUAUGCUUCAACAUAGUUUAACUGUUAUCUCCCUUUCUCUUAAGAUGCAUGUGAAUAUUUGUCAUCCUAUUUUAGGUCCAAUAGGCAUUUCUUGAAACACAAAUAUAUACACAUAUAUAGCGACCAGCAGUGACCGAUUUGCUAGACUGCUAUACUAAACUGCUCAGGUAUUUGUUGUUUUGUAGUGAAUAGUUUUGAACCAAGUCGGUUGUAAACUAUGAUAGAAAAGUUUUAAACCACCACUUCUGUAUAAAACGAAAUUUCCAGAAUAGUAUAUACACAAAAAUUACCAGAUAGAAUGCUCGGUGUGUAAUGAAAUAACAUAAUCUUAAUUUCCUCAAAAGACAAUAAUAUAGUGUUCUUAGUUGUCUAUCUUCCCUGGAGGUCUGAAAUACUGACUAAGUUGAUAGAAUGCAAGCCAUCAUUGUUCUCGUCAGACGACAAUGAGCUUAGCAUAUUCUGUCUCAGUAUGAAUGCAGGUUUCUUUGGAGGAGGAAGAUCUAAAAUCUCACUAUUAAGCAUUGAAGUUACAGCAGCCAUAGUUGGUCUGUCUAUGGAAAAUUCCUGUACACACAGAAGUCCUAUGUGUAUGGACCUAAACAUAUAUUUAUAAUGGAUAGGAUCAUAUAUUUCUGGAUCUAUGAGAGAUAAAAUAUUGUCUUCUGUCCAUUGUAUCCACACCUAUAUUGAGAAAAUAAAAACCAAAAAUUUAAGAAAACUGUAGAACAUCAAAGAUUGAGUUAGAUAGGAGUUUAAGAGACUUACAAAUCCUAAAAGGGUUAGAGAAUUCUCGCAAUCAUAAAAUUUUGAAUUUCGUCGUCCGCUUAUUAUCUCAAGAAGCAAAACUCCAAAGCUAAACACAUCAGAUUUAUCGGAAAACAGUCCUUGCAUUGCGUAUUCUGGAGACAUAUAGCCACUGCAUUGAAAUGUAAGACAAUUGAAUAUCCAAGUAUGCCACUAUAAACUAUAAUCUAUAAUCAAGAAGGUAUAUUCUUUCUUCUUAUCAUCCGACUGCUUCUGUUCACAAUUUCCUUCUGAAGUCAGUGUAUAGAUUAGGAGACCAACUGUAUCCGUCGUUAUUUCAAAGAACGAAACAUUUCCUUCUCCAUCAUCUGUAACACGUAUACCACUGAGAUAAUGAGUUUUCAUAUGACGAACCCCUGUAAAAAUCUUACCAUUCCAAGGACCGGUGCGCCAAUAUGGCCGAGUUUCAUUCCAAAUGAAAACUUCAGGUAUAAGAAGUCUUUCAACACUUAAAGUGAAGCUUCCAAUAGAUGGAUCAAAUGGUGUUUUCCAUGAUGUGAGUUUUACUUUCUCACCUGUUAUUUUGUUGCCUGUAACUUUCAUGUUUGGCAAUAUUACAUUUGAAGGAUGUUUGAAACUCUCCCAUGUAGUUUUUCCUGUUGCGCCUUCAACUAGUACAAGGUUGCCUGUAUCCAAAAGUUUAGAACUUGAAUUGGCUGCGGUAUUCGGCACAUUUGAUGUCCAAAUCACCUCUUUCUUUCCAUUCAGUACCACAAGAUCAUUACCAUCAUCAGAUAUUUUAACAACACCAGAAGAAUCUUCGAGAGGUUGGUCUCUGUUAAGCACCGAUACAACUGUGAACUGUGGCUGCCACCAAAUUCCGACAUAACGAUUCGUAGAAUUUUCAGGGCUGAAGAAGCCUAAGAUGAAUUUACCACUCUUGGAGCUUAGAGUUUCAGGAUCCUUGAUAAACUGAGUUGAUGUAAUAGUGUCUAUGGCAACACUGACAUCUAUAAAAUCAAAACAUAGCAUGCUCAAAAUGAAGAACAGAAACAUAUUUGUGUAGUUGUUGAAA